AUGAUGAGGCCGGCCCGAAACGGGUCAUGGCUUUGCGAAGAUGUGCUAGGGAAGUCAUGCUACGAGUGGGUUAUGAAGGAAGCAGUGUACUAUGCAACCAAGCAGGAGAUCGGCAACGGUUCGGAGACCAGAUCGAUCGAAGAUAAGUGUCGGCGCUUGGAGGAUGGGGUUAGAGGGUCUUUUCUGUCUAGCUGUGGCAAUCUUACCGGGAACGAGAGGGGCUGGGCUAAUGUCACUGCUAUCCCACUCACCGGGCCGAAUGCUCCCGAGCCACCCUCCCAAGAGCAGAACCAAAGCAGCAACUGCCACCCAACGCUCCCCAAAUCCAACGACUUACACGUACAAUGA